CCCAAAUGAGAAGCAGAGAUAUUCGUAUUCCACUUACCAUCCUCCCAUUGAAGAAGAAGAAGAAUGGAUCUGAUAGACAAGGCGAAGAAUUAUGUGUCAGAGAAGAUAGGGCACAUGGAGAAACCUGAGGCUACCAUCACCGACGUCGAUCUUAAGAAGUUUGGCUUCGACGGCAUUACCUUUCACGCUAAAGUCACAGUUAAGAAUCCAUACUCUGUUCCUAUUCCCAUCAUGGACAUUGAUUACGUCCUCAAAAGCGCCUCCAGGGUAAUAGCAUCAGGAAGAAUUCCAGACCCAGGGAGCAUAAAGGCAAAUGAUUCAACUAUGUUAGAUGUGCCAGUGAAGGUUCCACACAGUGUGUUAUUGAGCUUGGUUAAGGACGUAGGUGGAGAUUGGGACGUUGACUAUACACUCGAAUUAGGUCUCAUCAUUGAUCUUCCCGUCAUUGGGAACUUCACCAUUCCCCUCUCUUAUAGUGGCGAGUAUAAGCUUCCUACUUUGUCUGACUUAUGGAAGGGUUCUGGUAAAGAAGAAGAAGAGAAAGAAGAUACUCAAAAGGUUAGAGAGAUAUGAAGCUGAGUACCAUUAGCUAUGUAAUAACUAUGGCUUCUAUAAUGCCGUUUUUAAUUCAAAUGUACUCUACAUAAAAGAUUGUACUCCCUUGUUUCUUUUGGUGGGUACCAAAUUCCCAACUUUAAGUUAUGCAUUUUCUAAUUCCAUGAA